CUGGCCACGUGAAUAACAAUUUGUACAGGCUACAAUGGAACAACAUCGUCUAAAUUUUGGAAAACCUGAAACAUUAAUACAAAACAGAACAAUUUAAUUUCGAUGAGAACUGUAGUAAUGAUAUGCUUAUGGUUGCUUGCGAAUAAUGUGAAUAUAUGUUUUCAAAAAACUGUAGGAGAAAGAUUUUGUGAGCAAAGAUAUUAGGCGUAGAAUUUUGUUUAAAAGAACCCUGAACUAUGGCAACAGUGAAUCGAAGUACAGCCAACGGAACUUUCGUGUUUAUAGUUCGAUCCUGGAGUCGAUAAUUUCUCGAAACUAAUUUAAGGGAGUUCAGGGUUUUCGAACAUGCAUAAUGGCGUAUUCUGAUUUUGGUCUUCAUAGUAGUUAAUAAUAAAAAUGCAUUCAGUUAUUAACUGUCACAAAUCAAUAGCUGUUAAAACCAAAAGUUUCGUUAGUGGUGGUUGUCGUUGUCAUCAGUGGAAUGCUGUAUAUGCGUAUAAAUACGGUAGGCGGUUGUAUAGACCAUGCCAAAUUUCAUGCCCAGUCAUUUCAACUCGUCUUGUGUCGACCAUCGUUAGCUGUAAUAAUGGGACUCUGCAAAAUGUUAUUCAGCUUAAUGUCGUACGUUCAGUAAACAGUUUUAUACAAGACAGCACAUUACUUCCAUUCAUCCCCACAAACAGUUGCAUGGUAAGGCAUUUGUAUGUUGGGUAUCAAUUGUAUGACAAAGAACCUUUAAAACCCUCAUCCAAAAUUGAAGAAACUGUUCAAGCUUUAAAGGAAGACUUAAAAGAUAAACCUUCUGUUGCUGUUGUGGCAGAAAAACCUCCACUUCUGAAAAGAAUUAAGAAGAAAAUUGUUGAUGAAGCACUUCACUAUUAUCAUGGUUUUCGUCUUCUGUUUAUUGACAUCAAUAUAUCAAGGAAGCUGGCAUGGAGGGUUCUGAAUGGAAAGUCUCUCACUAGAAGAGAGCAUAGACUGUUGGUGCAGACAGUGUCAGAUUUAUUCAGAUUAGUCCCUUUCUCAGUAUUCAUUAUUGUUCCAUUUAUGGAAUUGCUGCUUCCUGUGGCUAUUAAAUUGUUUCCAGGCAUGCUUCCUUCUACUUUCCAGACUGCAACUGAGAAAGACCAAAAAAUGAAACAGGCCCUUAAAGUAAAAUUAGAAAUGGCUAAAUUUCUCCAACAAACUUUGGAUGGUAUGGCUGUUCAGGGCAAGGGGCGAAGCUCUGAAGCUGCUAAGGAGUUUGCAGAAUUCUUUGUUAAGGUACGCACAUCUGGAGAACAAGCAACCAAUGAAGAAAUAAUGAAAUUUUCAAAGUUGUUUGAGGAUGAGAUUACCCUGGAUUCAUUGUCUCGACCCCAACUUAUGGCAUUGUGUCGAGUACUGGAGAUACAGCCAAUUGGGACGAAUAACUUCCUAAGAUUUCACCUUCGGAUGAAGGUCAGAAGUCUGGCAGCUGAUGACAAGGCAAUACAAAAAGAGGGCAUAGAAUCUCUCACCCCAUCAGAGCUCCAGCAGGCUUGUAGAGCUAGAGGUAUGAGAGCAUAUGGUAUGUCUGAGGAUGUACUCAGGACUCAGCUAGCGCAAUGGCUUGAACUGAGCCUUGAAAAGAAAGUUCCUCCGUCACUGUUGUUGCUGUCUAGAGCUCUUCUUCUUCCAGACAGGAUCCCAGCGAGUGAUCAACUGAAGGCUACGAUUUCUGUUCUCCCUGAUACUGUUGUAACUCAGACAAAGGCAGCUAUUGGAGAACGUGAGGGUAAGAUAGACAAUAAGACAAAGAUUGAAAUCAUUAAGGAAGAAGUACGCAAAAUUAAGGAGGAACACCAGGAACAAAAAGAAGAAGAGAAGAAAGAGAUAGAGAGGGAAGAAAAGGAAAUGCUUGUGGACAAGGCUCCUAUUAUCACUCAAGAUGAUGGUGUUCAACCUGAAAUUCUUCGUGCUACUGCAGUUGAGGAACAACCAGUUAUAGAUUUAAGCAGAAAGGAAAAGGAGUUGACAACCAUGGACUUUGAAGCUCUUGAGGAUGCAUUGGAUACAUUAAGCAAGGAUAAAAAGAUUCUGGUUGAAAGGGAACUGGAUGAUUUAAAGGAAGAAUUGGCAGAAUACCAGGAGGAUGUUGAUGAUCUAAAGAAGGUAGUGAAGGUACUGGACAAGUCAAAAUCGGAAGUACAAGAAUCUAAGGCAGCUAGACGCUUAUUUAAGAAGGUGAACAGUAUGAUAAGUAAGAUGGAUGAUGUUCUGGAAGAGCUUGAACGUGAAGAAAAGAAACUCAUAAAGGACCUAGAAGCAAAGGAACGUCUUGAAGGAAAAGAAACACAACAAAAGAGUGAAGAAUUGGUGAGCAUCGAGGAAUUGAAAGAUGCUAUCAAGAGAAUUCAAAAGGUUCCAGAUGAUUCCCUGGUAGACAGGAUAUCUGAGGUACUGGCAAAAAUGGAUAUUGACAAAGAUGGAGCCAUCAGACUUGAUGAUGUACUUAAGGUAGUUGAAUUGGUUGGCAAAGAAAAUGUUAAACUCAACAAAAAACAAAUUGAUGAUAUAAUUGACUUAAUGAGUAAAGAAGACCUGCUCGAGUUAGAAGAACAAAUUGAGAAAGCACUAGAGAAAGGUAAUCAAGAAAAAGGAGAAACUUUAAAGGGAAAACAAUCUGGAAAACAAGAAAAGGAAGCUGUAGUAAAGGCAACUGUAACAGCACAUGAUGGCAGAAAGAAAGAAAAUGACCCAAGUAAUGAUAAAUCAACAUCAUCAAAUCUUGCUGCCAUCUCAGCUGCAGCACCCACUCAGCCACCUAAUGUAACUGAACCUGUUGAUAAAAAGGAUAAUUCCAAAACUCUAUGAUUAAACAAGCCUCUAUUUUAUUGUAUUAAUUGUAAAAUGUAUUAGUAAAAGAAAUAUCAGUAUGUUAAUAUUGAAUAAUAUAAAUAGCUCAUUUAUGAGCAAUGUAUUUCAGUAAACUGACUGCAUUUCAGUAUAUAUUUAUCUUACUACCAUGCCAUGUAUAUAAAUGGAACACCUUUUGCUUUAUUAAUGUUUAAUAUCAUACUUGGUGCAAAUAAAUUAUUUGAAGUGGAAUCCAGAGACAGCAUUUAUACUUGUAUAAAAGGGUUCCAAUGUGUAGUAAUACAGGUCACAUUUGAGAAGAGAUUAAGCAAACUAUGGGGUCAUAUAGACUUAAAUGUGAGGAAUAGGUGUUAUUCUUGACACUGAAAACAAAUGUUUGGUUCUUCGUAUAUGAAACACUUAUAAUUAAAGUUGGUGACAAAAAGUAUGUUUUAGAAACAAGUUUUCUGCAGUUAUUAGAUUGUGUCCACUGGAAUUAGUAUGGGUCUUCUUCCUUUGAUGUAAAUAAAAUUAAGAGUUCAUGCACAAAUUUAUGUCAUGAUACAAUUAGUAUGGUUUUCACAUAGAAUUACCACCUGUGUCAGGUUGGCUUUGACUUUGUUUUACUUUAUAAAAUGUACUGUGAAUGUACAUGUUAUGUAGGAUGUAUUUUAUAUGAUGGGGUAUAAUUUAAAUGUGUAUAAAUUUUGCAAAAAUUAUACAUCUGUAGAUCUAUAUUGACUGAAACAGUUAUGCAAAUUUAGAUUUUUUUUCUGAAACUGUUUGUGAAGUAAUCUUUUUUAUGUGCAUAUAAUCCCAUCAUUACAUUCAUGGACAUGUCUUGAUUUCAUGAAAGAACACACUGAAGUCAAAUAAAUUAUGAUAGGUAACCAUACCUUUGCUUGAUUGUGUAAUGAACACAUACAGGAAAUAACAAAUAUCACAAAAGCUUUGGACCAUUACUUAGUUCAGAUGUAUCAUAAUUUUUGUUCCAGUGGUUUAGGUGUUGUUAUACCUGCUUCAUUUUUCAGAAAUCCCAUGUUUGAUUCUUGGCCCAGAGACUGCCUAUCUUGACAGAUAUGUAAUUUUUCACUGUCCCUGCAAGUAAAUGCUUUCAUAGUACCUUAAUAAAGUCCACAACCACUUCCUUGUAUUUAAUUUCCAGUUAAGUGUUUAGGAUUAUAUUGCCAUUUUAACCUGUGUAAGUGAUGCAAUUGAAAACAUAAUUAAAUGAACCAAGAAUCAUAAAGAUUUAUUUACAGCUGCAUAACUUUUCCUUCCUUUGACUGACUGUACUUUGGUAAGUUAUGUAAAUUUAUUUUGGUAAAAUCUAGCAGCAAAGCUGUGGGAACUGUUCUGUAUUUUCAUGCAGAAACAACAGCAGCUGGUGUGUAUGAUGUGAAAGCUAUAAAGUAUUUAUCUUAGUUGAUAACAACUGCAAAAUUAGACGCACACAUUAGUAUUUCACUGGCACUGUACAUUACCAUUAUCAACAUAACCUUGUACAAAACUGCAACAUUAAAUUACAAAAGUAAAUUGA